AUGGCAGUGUGGCAUUUGAAAAGGCCCGCACAAGCGGAUCUUGAUCCCACCUCUACAGUGGCCCAAACGCUGAAGACAUGGGACAGCAUCAGGGGAGCCCCCCAUCUAUCUCCAACACUGAGCCCGUUGAUCCGGAUGCAACACAAUCCUCACAUAGGGAGUGGACUACCACCACCAUCAUGGGAAUUCAUCGGAGGGGGUGACUCUCUUCCUAUUCGUAAGUUAUUAAACAACAUGGGCAUGACACCACUGCUGGAGUUGACUGAAUGCAACCCGCCAUCGAGUCUACAAACAUUUCGAUAUGCACAAAUCAAAUAUUUCUACCAUCAGCUUCCAAACAGGGAUGCAUUACACCACGACCUGACAUGGUUUGAAGGGCUCUGCAAUGGCACAACCAACCUUAUAUACCAGCACCUCCUCGUGGGACAUCUAGAGAGUAAAGACCCUUUUCCGCCGGUGCUGGGAACAUAUUCUGAACAAGUCGUUCACUGUGGCUCACUGGGAGAAGAUACUCAUACUACACGACAAAUGUUCCUCGAGUUCCAAUAUCAGGAAACCAACUAUAAGUUUCUGAUGUUUUGA